UUUCUCAUAUACAAUAAAGAGGGUUAUUCGCCUCUUGUUCAUUUUACAACCAUGUCCUCCUCUUUCAAUUUAGGGCUUUGAUGUAUUUUCCUAUAUAAUUUUUCUUCAUUUCUUCAUUUUUUUUUGGGUCUGUAUUUUUUUUUCACUUCCACACUUGUUGUUCUCAUACCCAAUCGAAUUUUACAUAUAGUUUUUUCCACCAAGUGUUUCCCUCCUAAAACUCUUGUCUUGUUUUGAAGAUCAUUACAGUUCAUAUUACGAUUCAAAAGAUUGCAUCUACGUUUCUGGACGAUGCUAUGAUCUCACUAUGUUGAAUAGUCAGGAAUGGUUGUGGUGGGUUACAUAACUGUGGAGGUGAUUUUCUGUGCUAGAUUGAAACUUUUAUGAUAAUAUAAUGGAUUGCAACAAGGAUGAGGCAGUUAGGGCUAAGGAUAUUGCUGAGAGGAAAUUUAAUGAAAAGAACUAUGCUUCUGCUAAGAAGUUUGCUCUGAAGGCUCAAAACUUGUAUCCUGGGCUGGAUGGUCUUUCCCAAAUGCUGACAACACUCGAUGUUUACAUAUCAGCAGACAACAAAAUCGGUGGGGAACCCAAUUGGUACGGCAUACUUGGUGCCAAUUCAUGGGAUGAUGAUGAGACAAUUAAGAAACAGUAUAGAAAGUUGGCUCUUGUGCUUCAUCCGGAUAAAAACAAAUCUAUGGGUGCAGAGGGUGCAUUUAAGCUAGUUUCAGAGGCCUGGAGUUUGUUAUCGGACAAGGUUAAGAGACUAGCAUAUAAUCAUAAGAGGAAUUUAAGAGGAUCUCAACCGAAAGUUCAGACCCAAACCGGGGGUCCAUCAGCAGCAUCCAAUGCAAAUGGUCGUCAACACCCUACAAAUAAUGUGACUUCUAAAGUUAAAACUCAGCAAACUAAUUCUCGGAAAGGUUCCACUCCGGCUCCUUCGUUUAAGAAGAAUGAUACUUUUUGGACUAUUUGCAAUCGGUGCAAAACACAUUAUGAGUAUCUUAGAAUUUAUCUAAAUCACACCCUUCUCUGCCCCAAUUGUCAUGAGGCCUUUGUGGCUCUAGAGAAGGAUCCGCCUCCAAAUGUUUUUAAGCAAUCCAAUUGGUCUUCUCGUCAACAUCCAAAUGCAGGACAGACUACUGCGAAUAGCAACACGAUUAAUUUUGGCAAGAACUUUCCAGGUACUCAAAAUGUGGCACCUGGGUCUGCGGGUGCCAAUUCGUUCACUAAGUCAAAUUACCAGUGGGAGUUCUCCAAAACAACAGGUGAUCGUAGCUCGGUAGCAACAUCCUCUGCUGCUGCUCAAGCUGCAAGUGUGGUUCAACAAGCAAGUGACCGGGUGAAAAGGGAGCGAGAGGAAAGGCAAUCAAUUGCUGAUUGGGAGAGGAGUCAGCUUUUCAAGGAUUUAACUAAUCCUUCUGAUAAAGUAGAAAGACCAUUGAAAAAGAGAAACUCGGAAAACAAUCUCAUGAAUGGUUACAGGGGCUUUGGUGCUAAUCAAACGGGCACAGGAAAUGGAGUCGAUGGUGUUGGCAGUGCAUAUGAAAUUAGAAAAGGGAAUGCUGAUAUGAAUAAGACAUUUGAAACUUAUGGCAAGUCUAAUAGCUUGAGAGAAUUGUCAUAUACUGAAACUAAGAUUAUGCUUAUGACUAAGGCGAGAACCAAAAUCUGUAGUAUGCUUGAGAUGUGGAGAUCAAUGAGUGUAGCAGACGCCGAAUACAAGCAAAAGGAGAAAGAUAAAGUGAAUAAGAAGCAGAAGAAGGUGGUGAAAGGUGACAAAGAGAGUUCGAGACAUGGUAACUCUUCUGUUACCAGUAAGAAGCAUGUUUCUGGUAACUUAGCUGAUGGUGCAGAGACAGAGGGAGAUGCCCACUCACCCGGUUCAAUCAAUGUACCUGAUCCUGAUUUUCAUAAUUUUGACUUGGACAGAACUGAAAAUUCCUUUGGAGAGGAUCAAGUCUGGGCUGCUUAUGAUAAUGAUGACGGGAUGCCACGGUUUUAUGCUCGCAUUCACAAGGUUCUCUCUUUAAAGCCAUUUAGGAUGCGGAUCAGCUGGCUUAAUUCAAGGAGUAAUAGUGAAUUGGGUCCCAUGGACUGGAUAGGCUCUGGUUUUACCAAAACAAGUGGGGAGUUCAGAAUAGGAAAGCAUGAAAGUACUGGGACAUUAAAUUCUUUCUCUCACAAAGUCAGUUGGAAAAAAGGCCUGCGUGGAGCAAUUAAGAUAUAUCCCCAAAAGAGUGAAGUUUGGGCUGUUUAUAAAAAUUGGUCACCUGAGUGGAAUGAAGGAACUUCUGACGAAGUGAUACAUAAGUAUGAGAUGGUGGAAGUACUUGAUGAUUUCAGUGAGGAACAAGGUGUUUCUGUUGCUCCACUAGUUAAGGUUUCUGGUUUCAGGACGGUGUUCCGUAUGCACAUGGAACAGAAAGAAGUCAGGAGAGUUCCUAAAGAAGAGAUGUUUCGGUUCUCGCACCAGGUCCCUUAUCACCUGCUAACAGGUGAAGAAGCUGAUAAUGCUCCGAAAGGUUGUUAUGAAUUAGACCCGGCUGCUACCCCUUUGGAACUGAUUCAGGUGACGACAGAAGCUAACGAGUUGCCACCAACGGAGAAUGGCACAAGAGUGGCAGAACAGAUGCCUCCAAGUACUCCAACUAGAGAAGCAGACGAAACCAAGAACAUUGCUUCCAGAAGUGAGGAAGCAAUGGUAGCAACUUCCUAAGUGUCCCGACCUUCUCUAUUGCAGCUUGUCGUACUCUUCGUUCCUUCGUUCCUUUAUACACUUUUCCACUGCUCUGGUGAGUUUCAGUGCUCUUUUUCACGUCUAUGUUUGAGUUGGCUUAAUAAUAUUAAUGUGAUAGUUAUUUACAUACGAGUUAGUUAAGAAGUCAUGUUCAGUAAAAUUGGCAUUAGCUUUCCAAUAAUUGGUAUUUGGGUUUUGUUUUGAUUGUUUGAUAGGAAGAGAAAAAUUCAGAAACUGAUAAGGUCAAUGAUGGAUUUGUGGGGUUGCCAUUUAGCCUGAUUUGUUUGCUCGAAUCACUUGAUGAAAUUUAUGAAUAGAAACAGAGCACCUUUCAUAUAUACUUUUAAACAACAAAACCUUUUUUUUCCCUUUCUAGCUGGCCAACUAAUGCUUGUUCUUAAAUCUAAGUUUUUGAUCAUGAAUUGUAUCACAGCUGCUGGGCAUUUCUAGUGAAUGAAUCCUGCUGGCUUGUUCUCUAUUUAUUUUAA